AUGGAGUGCGACAUCUGUGGAAAGGCCGGCGACCAGGGCCAUCCGCUGCACUGCAUCACCUGCGCCCGCUCAUACCUCGAACAGCCCCGCAUCGAACUCGCAAAGACGCUUAUCGACAAGGAUGGAGUUGAGAGACAUGUCAAGGCCGUCAUACAAGGAUCAGGAGAUAGAUCGAGCGUCUCUUUGUCUGAUUCAAAGGGGGGAUUCUUGGUCGACCGUCAGCUGUGCACCGACAACUUGAACUGGCAGCGCACCAGGACGGAGACGAUCGAGAUCGAGGAGAGGAUGACACUCAUCACAGAGCAGGUGCGCCGUCUUCGAGGGCAGAUGGAGACUGCGAGGGAGGAGCUGGAAGCCAAGCGAGCCGCGAACGCGCAACGCAAGUCAGACCUGUCCUCUGCUACGUAUGGCAUCGACUCUCGGCGUGCCAACGAGCUGGACAAGGUGCAGCAGAUGGUGAAGAAGAUGGACUACAAGUCUGACAAGGCGCAUUACGAUACUAUAGAGCAGCGAAGGCAACUGUGUACCACUUCUGCUAAGCUAGCAGGGCUUAAGAUGAGCAAGAGGCGGAACAAGGAUGGAAGUAUCAAGGAGGUCUUCAAUAUCGGACCGGGGACGAAGUUGCGCAUCUGGGAGUUUCAUGACCUCAACGACGCACCUCCCGACUAUCUUUCCGCCUCUCUGGCCGCUGUGGCCCAGCUUCUCGUACGCGUUGCUGCGUACUUAGGCAUCCGUCUGCCUGCUGAGAUCACCCUACCUCAUAACAACUACCCCCAGCCGACGAUAUUCAGCAUUGCUUCUUCGUACCAGGGCAAGAAAGUACCGUUCCCUGGGACUACUCUGUCCGACUCUUCGAGCAACAGUCCAGAGGCCUCUCGCACCCUCGACCCGCGCACCCCUCUUCCAAAGCCUCGUACCUUGUUCGUCGACCGACCCCUUGCUCACCUGUCUGCCGAAGAUCCUCCUGCUUACACGUCCUUCAUUGAGGGCGUGUCUUUGCUUGCCUACAAUGUUGCAUGGCUCUGUCGCACGCAAGGCAUGAAGGAAAGUUUCAAGGAAUGGGAAGACGUUGGACACAUGGGACGCAAUCUCUACCGACUUCUGAUCUUGCAGGAAACGUACAUUGCUCGACGCCCAGAAAAUCCGCUUGACAAAGAUAUGAGCGCUGUCAAGUCUUCCGCGUCGCCUUUGCGCAGAGCGCCAGUAGGCUUCGGACAGCUGUCGCAUGCCACGUCGCACUCGUCUAUGAACAUGGCAGAAAAUGCACAGUAUCUGAGCGGAUGGAGCCUGACGCCCACCAAAGUGCUCGAUGAGCUGAAGGCGUUCUUGUUAGCCGAGCAACAGGCGCAGGAGUGGGAUGUGCUCAAUCAGAAGGAGUGGGCAGACAUGGAGAACCUCAUUGCCGAAGACCCAAUUAUGGUGGGUGAGAAGCGACGCAAUUUGGGACUAGACAAUGGACGCAGCCACAGCACUUGCAUCACCACGAGCGGGACGCAGAAAGACGAUAUAUCUGCGGGUGGACUCCCCGAGCGCAAGAAAGGAACGAGUGGGUGGACGAAGGUCAAGAGCCGAAGUGAGGAUGUUGUGAAGAGGUGA